AUGAUUUCCGCUCUGGACGUGGUCGCGUUCGGCAACGACAGCUCGCCGCUGACCGUCGCCGGCAACGACACGGCGGGCGGCGCCGCGCCCUCGCCCAACGACACGGCCGCCAACGGCGUCAUCCAGUUCCUCGACGACGAUCUGUCGUUUCCCGGCUACAUACGCACCACGUGCAUGGUGGUGUGCGUCAUCAUACUGGGCGUCGGCGUGGUCGGCAACAUGAUGGUGCCGAUCGUCAUACUCAAGUCCAAGGACAUGCGCAACUCGACCAACAUAUUCCUGAUGAACCUGAGCAUCGCCGACCUCAUGGUGCUGCUCAUAUGCACGCCCACCGUGUUCGUGGAGGUCAACUCCAGACCGGAAACGUGGGUGCUCGGCGAGGAGCUAUGUGAGUAA